AUGAUAAAUGAUCCCCGUCAAAUAGCACAUGAAUGGAUUAAAUUUGCUUGUCAACAGCUGCGUCAGUAUUCAUGUGAACAUUAUUUUAUUGAGCAGUUGAAUAUUUUGGCACCAUAUUCUCACCAGCAGUUAGAUGAUGCACGCCGAAUAUUGGAACAGGGUGUCAAUUUGGAUAAAUUGGUACAAUUCAGUAUAUUAAGUGAAAAACAACAAAUGGUUGCAGAACAUAAUCAGGAAAUAGAAUCAUUUAUUCGACAAUUGAAAGUAACAUAUUUUUUUCAAGAUCUUGAAGAUUAUCGUUUAUUAAAGAAAUCUUGGGAUCAUACUGUUAUUGAUGAGAGAAACGAACUUUACCAAUGUUUGUUAAUUAUCAACAGUUUACGUUACGUCGAUGGUGAAAAUAAUAAACAAAACUGGCGUAAAUUUCGUCAGAUAUUUAUUGAGCAAGAAAAAACAUGUACCAAUGAACCGCUGUUUGGUGAGAUGACAACAAGUCCUUCAUGUCCACCAUCUGAAUUAGCUCAAUUGAUUAUGUUUCUUGGCAGUUUUUUAAAAGUACUUAGCAGUACAUUCAAUGAUCCUUCAGUACAGGUUGAUCGACCAUGCGAAUAUCAUCCGUUCGAUUUAGAUGGCUUUCGAAAUGUUGGAAAAGAUACGUUAAAUCCAAUGAACUUUUUACAUAAUAGAACAGCGUCCAAUUUACCAGAAUAUAUGCAACCAUUAUUUGCUAAAGAACAAGAUCUACAAACAUCGACAGGUUUACAGUACGCAGAACGAAAUCUAUUGGAUUGCCAUCCGAAUGGACCUCUUAUGACCAUGGAAUCCAAUCAGUACUCUGACAUAUUUGCAUCAAAUUAUUUGAUAACACUUUUAGACACUGCCACUGAUGCUGAUCAGACAAUCGAUGAUUUGAUUACUUUUCAGCAACACGGAGUUGAUGAAGAUGAGAGUUUGCUUUCUCAAGCUAUAGAAUUAUCUUUAAUAGAUAAUGAACAUCAUCAAUCAGAGAUGGGCACGUCCACUACCAAGUGA